ACAUCGCCCGUGGUUGCAGGAAUACACCCCGCAAGUGAGCACGUCUAAGCACACAGAGCAGACCAGGAAGGAAUCUGUCACAACCACUUAUCUGCUGCUCGCUUCUCAUGACAGCAUCACAGUGUCCUGGUGACAUCGCCCGUGUGUGUCUGUAGAGUCAGAUGAACACGUCGAACCACGCGGAUUGACUGGACCAGGAAGGAGUCCGUCACAGUCAUCAGAAUGACAGAUCCUCUGACUGGUGAUCAACCUUCACUCCAGUCUCCUGUAGUCUUAGACCAGCCUCUUGUAGUCUUAAACCAGUCUGGUGUAGUCUUAGACCAGUCCCCUCCAGUCUUAAACCAGUCUCACCCAGUCUUAGACCAGUCUUCUGUAGUCUUAGACCAGUCUCAUGUAGUUCUAGACCAGUCUCCUGUAAUUCUAGAUCAGUCUCCUCUAGUCUUAAACCAGUCAGGUGCAGUCUUAAACCAGUCUCCUCUAAUCUUAGACCAGUCAGGUCCAGUCUUAAACCAGUCAGGUGCAGUCUUACAGCAGUCUCCUCUAGUCUUAAACCAGUCAUGUGCAGUCUUAGACCAGACAGGUGCAGUCUUAGACCAGUCUCCUCUAGUCUUAAACCAGUCAGGUGCAGUCUUAGACCAGUCUCCAGUCUUAAACCAGUCAGGUGCAGUCUUACAGCAGUCUCCUCUAAUCUUAAACCAGUCAGGUGCAGUCUUAGACCAGUCAGGUGUAGCUUUGGACCAGUCUCCAGUCUUAAACCAGUCAGGUGCAGUCUUAGACCAGUUUCCUCUAGUCUUAAACCAGUCUCCUCCAGUCUUAAACCAGUCAGGUGCAGUCUUACAGCGCUGUCCUCCAGGAGUCUCGUCCAGCAUCUCAGCUCAGGAUGGAGGCUCAGUUAAUGCUCCUGCUGUCACUGGCUGCUGCAUCACUGGGCCAGUGACCUUCAACUUCAGUAAAGAGAGCUGCAGAAAGUCUUCAGUUUCUCCUGCUCACUCAUCUUCUCCUCACACAGAACACCCUGCAGAUGGGACACAAGCCACACCUCAACAGCAUGCUCCUCUCACCCAAGCGGGCGGAGAGGAGGCGGUGGCGCGGUCGCUGAAGGCAUCGUUGGCCCUGCAGUACGCGCGCAUCUUCGAGGGCAGCUCCACAGAGGGGCGAGCGAGAAGGGUGGACGACGUCUACACGGAGCUCCUUGUGGUGGACGAGUACACAGGCGGAGCGCUAAGAGCUCACGAGGCUCAGUGGAUGGAGCAGAACCACUCCAGGCGCUCCACAUGCAGUUCCUGGAUCCAGUGCAACGACAUCUUCAGAGCCCAGCCCGAUUCCCGUAAGGUUCUCACCCUGGGCGUGGCAGGUGUCGGGAAGACUGUCUCUGUUCACAAGUUCAUCCUGGACUGGGCCGAGGGAAGAGCCAAUCAGGACGUGGCGUUCUUGUUCCCGCUGCCGUUCCGCCAGCUUAACGUAAAGUCGAAGAGGAAUCAGAGUCUCCUGGCGCUGCUGCAGCAGUCUUUCCUCGAGCUGAAGCAGCUGGACGCUCUGCCUGAGCGCACGAGUUCCAUCCUGUUCGUCUUCGACGGGCUGGACGAGAGUCGCUUCCAGCUGGACUUGGACAAGGAGCUGAUCAGCGACCCGACAGAACCGGCGUCGCUGGACGUGCUGCUCGCCUCGCUCAUCUCCGGGCACAUGCUGCCCGACGCGUACGUCUGGGUCACUUCUCGUCCGGCAGCAGCCAAUCAGAUCUCCCGGCACUUCCACCAGGUGACAGAGGUUCAGGGCUUCACAGAUGAGCAGAAGGAGAGGUACUUUAAGAAGAACACCAGCGCACCCACGGCCCGUAGAAUCAUUGCGCACAUGAGGAAGACAAAAACGCUUCACGUCAUGUGCCAGUUGCCUGUGUUCUGUUGGAUUCUGUCUGUAGUCCUGGAGGAGAUGUGGAACAGGGAGGGAGAAGCCAAGGAAACUACAACUCCCAGCAUUCCCAGCGACACUCCAACUCCCAGCACUCUCACAGAGAUCUACACCCGCUUCCUGCUGUACCAGCUGGGUCGGCGCAGUCAGAAGACGGCCUCGUCGUCCAAGGGCCUCCUCGACCUGGGCAAGCUGGCCUUCCUCCACCUGGAGAAGAGGAAGUUGAUCUUUGACACGGCGGACCUGCGAUCUUGCGGCUUAGACGACGGCGAAGGCUCUGAAUUCUCGGCCACCUGCACGCAGAUUUUCAAGGAGGAGACCGCAGACCUGGAGAGCCGCCUGUACAGCUUCCUGCACCUGAGCCUGCAGGAGUACCUCGCUGCCCUCUUCGUGCUGCACGGCGAUGACGCCGGCGGGCGCCCCAGGCUUCGACUGCGCCGGCGCCUCCUCGGCAGAUCCACCCUGGACACGCAGAAGGCGGCGGUGGAGCGUGCGCUGCGGAGCGAGGAUGGCCACCUGGACCUGUUCCUGCGCUUCCUGCUGGGCCUCUCCCUGGAGUCCAACCAGCGGCUGCUGCGGAGGCUGCUUCCUGAGCGCGGCGGCGCCCAGGUCGAGCCCGCGGACCACAGGAUCGUCCAGUUCCUCCACCGGACCAUCCGUGAGCAGGCCGGCGCCGAACGCAGCAUCAACCUGUUCCACUGCCUGAGCGAGCUGCGGGACGAGUCUCUGGUGCUGGAGGUGUCGCGCUGGCUGGACUCUGGGAAGUGCAGUCCUGAGGAGCUCACGCAGACGCAGUGGUCAGCGCUGGGCUUCCUGCUCCUCACGGCUGAGGAGACGCAGGUGGAGUUCGAGCUGCAGAGGUACUGGGGGAGCCACAAGGGCCUAAAGAGACUGCUGCCGGUGGUGAGGAACACCCAGCGAGCUCUCAUGCAUCAGUGUGACCUGACGGAGGCUAGCUGCCUGCUUCUGGCCUCAGCUCUGACCUCAGGCCCCAUCCCCCUCACCCUUCUGAACCUGAGUGACAACCCCCUGCUGGACGGAGGAGUAAAGGUCAUCUCCAUCGCACUGGCAAAGGCAGAGUGUCCAUUACAUACACUCAGGCUGACUGAUGUCGGAUUAAGUGGGGAGGGGUGUGGCCCUCUAGUCUCCGCACUGAGAUCAAAGUCCACCCAUCUGAGAGAGUUGGACCUCAGCAGGAAUUACAUCAGAGACUCAGGAGCCAAUCAGAUUGCCUUGUUCCUGAAAGACCCAUCCUGCAAGCUGGAAAAGCUUUGGUUGACCGACUGUGGGAUUCGGGAGGAGGGUGGAGCUGCGCUGGGUUUGGCCCUUUGCUCAAACCCCGCCUAUUUGAGUGUGAUGGACUUGAGCUCCAAUCAGCUGCUAGACCUGGGGGUUAAGCAUGUGAUGACAUCACUCGGUGAUCAGCAAUGCAAACUACAGAGGUUGAGUCUAGUGAACUGUGGUCUCAGUGAUGUGAGUUGUGGUGCCUUGGCGUCAGCUCUGCAGUCCAACCCUUCACACGUGAAAGAACUGGACCUCAGCGAGAAUCCAGUAGGAGACCAGGGGAUGAAACUCCUCCGAGACAUUCUGACACAUCCGCAAUCCCACCUGGAGAAACUCAGACUGCGAGACUGCAGCAUCAGAGAAGGGGGAGUGUCUCUGACGGUAGGCCCCGCCCCUCUGAGAGAGCUGGAUCUGAGCAAGAACCUCUGCGCUGACUCCGCCCUCCUCCAGCUCUCCACAGCUCUGCAGGAGCGCCUAUACAAGCUCCAGAUACUGCGGUUAGGAGUCUGUAGGUUCAACACAGCUGGUUGUGGGGCGUUGGCGAGAGCGCUGCGUUUGAACCCUUCCUUCCUCCAAGAGCUGGACCUGGGCCGCAACAAGGUGGGGGACUCUGGGCUCCAGCUGCUGUCCAUGGUGCUGAAACAGCCACAGUGUUCCCUCAAGAGACUAAGGUUGAAAGGCUGUGGGAUCUCUCACCAGGGCAUGGCCGCCCUGUGCUCUGCUCUCCGGGCAAACCCAUCUCACCUCAUUGACCUCAACAUGAACUGCAACAAUGUAGGAGAUCUGGGCAUCAAGCACCUCAGUGGCUUCCUGAAGGACCCUCACUGUACACUAGAGAGACUGGGGUUGCGCUGUUGCUCUGUGGGAGUGGAGGGCUGUGCUGACCUGGCUGCUGCCCUCUCCUCUAACCCCACCCACCUGAGGUGGCUGAACCUCAACUCAAACAACCCAGGAGAUGCAGGAGUAAAGCUUCUGGCACGGGUGCUGAAGGACCCUUGUUCUCAGUUGGAGAGACUAGGACUGAUGUUCUGUGGAGUCAGAGAUGAAGGCUGGUGUACGCUGGUCUCUGCUCUCUCCUCCAACCCCUCCCACCUGAGGGAGUUGACCCUCACAGGAGACCAGCCAAGGAGCAGUGGGAUCAGACAGACUGCAGAAUUCCUGGAGAAUCCUCUCUGUAAACUCAACAUAAUCAAACUGUCCUACUGUGGGAUUGAGGCCGAAGCGUGCUCUGCUCUCGCUGCCUCGCUGCUCUCCCACCCAUCUGCCAUCAGAGAGCUCGGCCUGAGCCACAACAGCCCUGGAGAUGCAGGAGCCGCGAGCCUCGCCUCCCUCAUCAAGGAACCUCGCUGCAAACUGGAGACACUCUGGAUGAAGAAUUGUGGGAUUGAAGAGGCAGGGUUUGUGGCGCUGGCCACAGCCCUCCGAUCAAACCCCUCCCACCUGCAAGUGCUCAACCUGAGCUCCAACGACCCAGGAGAGGCCGGGGUGAAGGAGCUCGCCAAGUUCCUCAAAGAACCGCACUGCCAACUGGAGAUCUUGAGGCUGAAUGAGUGUGGCAUCCGGAGGGAAGGGUGUGUGUGUGUGGUGUCAGCUCUCAGAUCAAACCCGCUGCACCUGCAGGAACUCAGUCUGCUGCAGAACAACCUCGGGGACAUCUGUUUGGGAGAGCUGCUCAACGACCCCCACUACAGACUACACACACUGCAGUACUGACAGACCCCACUACCGACUCCACUCACUGCAGUACUGACCCCCACUACCGACUCCACUCACUGCAGUUAUACAGUGUGACCAGUGGAAUCUCAGGACUGUGAUGUCAUCUUCUAGAGUGUGACCAGUGGAAUCUCAGGACUGUGAUGUCAUUUCUAGAGCGUGAUCAGUGGAAUCUCACGACUGAUGUCAUCUUCUAGAGCAGGGAUACCA